AUGAGUGAAGCCGACACUCAGUUCUACAGUGUCCAGGUGGGAGACUCCACCUUCACCGUGCUCACAAGAUACCAGCAGCUUCACGCCAUCGGCUCCGGGGCCCAAGGCAUCGUCUGCUCUGGACUAGACACGGUGCUGGGGAUACCGGUGGCUGUGAAAAAGCUGUGCCGACCGUUCCAGAACCAGACCCACGCUAAACGGGCCUACAGAGAGCUGGUGCUGCUCAAAUGUGUCAACCACAAAAAUAUCAUCCGUCUGAUCAAUGUUUUCACGCCUCAGAAGUCUUUGGAGGAGUUCCAGGAUCUAUACCUGGUUAUGGAGCUGAUGGACGCCAGCCUCUGCCAGGUGAUCCACAUGGACCUGGACCAUGAGAGGAUGUCCUACCUGCUUUACCAGAUCCUCUGUGGCAUCCGCCAUCUUCACUCAGCCGGCAUCAUCCACAGGGACCUGAAGCCUAGUAACAUCGUAGUAAAGUCUGACUGCACUCUGAAGAUCCUGGACUUCGGUUUGGCCAGGACUGCUUGCACUAACUUCAUGAUGACUCCGUACGUGGUCACAAGAUACUACAGAGCACCUGAGGUCAUCUUGGGGAUGAAGUACAAGGAGAAUGUGGACAUCUGGUCGGUGGGGUGCAUUAUGGGAGAAAUGGUCAAAGGCGGCGUCAUCUUCCAGGGAACCGACCAUAUUGACCAGUGGAAUAAAGUAAUUGAAGUUCUUGGCACGCCCAGUCUGGAGUUCAUGAACUGCCUGAUGGAGACUGUCAGAAACUAUGUGAUGAACAAGCCUCAGUAUCCGGGAGUCAGCUUCAGCGAACUCUUCCCUGACUGGGCUUUUCCCGCGGACACCGAACACGACAAAGUCAAGACAAGCCAGGCCCGGGACCUAUUGUCCAAAAUGCUGGUGAUCGAUCCCGAGUGUCGCAUCUCUGUGGAGGAAGCCCUGAAUCAUCCGUAUAUACACGUGUGGUACGACCCGGCCGAGGCAGACGCGCCGCCUCCUCAGAUCUCGGAUAAGCAGCUGGAGGAGAGAGAGCACAGUAUCGAGCAAUGGAAAGAGCUCAUUUAUGAAGAAGUGAUCGACUGGGAAGAGAGGAAUCACAAUGGACUACUGAAAGAAGAUAGUUCAGGUGUGGUGUCCGCUUCCAUCUCCCAGUCGUCGUCGGCCAAUGACAUUUCGUCCAUGUCCACGGAGCACACCUUGGCUUCAGACACGGACAGCAGCAGCAUCGACACGCUGACCGGACCCCUGGACGAGUGCCAGUGA